UAUGAAAAGGUAGCGGGCAUGGAAGGUAGCGAGCAUAUCGUUGUUCCGGGAUUUCCCCAGAUUUUACAUCGUUAAGCACGGCUCCCGCUUAAAGAUCAACAUUGAUAUAACUAAACUACGAGAUCCCCAGAUAAUGUAUUGGUAACAGCCUUUCUUUUUUCUAGAUCAACAAUAAUAAGGAAGCCAUGGCGAUGAAGCAUAAAGAAGUAGUGGAUGUUUCGGAGGAAACGGUCACGCCAGUUACGACUUCGCAAACUCGGGAGGAACAGGAAGCUAUUUCUACAUGGCAGAUGGUGAAGAGGCAUAGAGUGGCGGUGUUGUGGUCUGGAUUCUUUGCACUAGCUGCCAUUAAUUGGGGUGUGGACAUACAGGUUAGUAGGAGGUUGAAUUCCAAAGGAAAUCAAUGUGGCUAACCAGCAUCUGUAGAUAUCCAACGGUUCGAUAUCUAUAAAUUCCUUCCAGCGUGAUUUUGGAUACCAAUACAAAGGCGAAUACAUAAUAAGCUUCAAAUGGCAAACAGGGUUCAACUCGGCUUCAUAUAUUGGACAGUUAUUUGGUGCUAUUGCGACAGGAUACCUUGCGGAUAAGUUUGGGAAAAGGUUGACAAUGGCGGUUGGAUGUUUAUUUAGCAUUUGUGGAGCAUUCUUGCAGGUAUUUGCUUCAUCACCCGCGAUGUUACUUGUAGGCAAGGUAAGACUCCUCUUUCAUGAGCCUGGAUUUGAAAUUAACACGUUAUAGCUCAUCAAUGGUCUUGCCUUGGGUGCAUUCCUCACUAUCCCAUCGAGCUACGCUGCUGAAAUAUGCCCUGCCAAGAUACGAGGCUUAACUACCUCUGGGGUUCAAUUACUUAUUUCCGUCGGUCAACUUACGGGUAACCUCGUGCUUAAGGGCACAGGAACAUUAUCCUCGUCAGCGGCUUACAAAAUUCCUUUCGCUCUUCAAUUCAUAUUUCCCGCAAUCAUCAUUCUCGGCCUCUCUUUUGCACCCGAAUCGCCUUGGUAUCUCCUUCGUCAUUCCCAUAUGGACUCCACAAUCUCAACCCUAGCUCGUCUGGGUUACCUAUCUCCACUUACAACCAUAGAAGAAAUGACAACAAGCAUCUCUACGGAAAGAAAAAAUUCCUCUGAAACCAGUUACCUCGAUUGUUUCCGUGGCUCCAACCUUCGUCGUACAGAAAUUUCCAUGGGUAUCUUCGCUGUUGCCCAACUCACGGGUGUCGUCUUCUCAAUCGGAUACUCGAGUUAUUUCUUCGAGCUUGCUGGCAUGUCCAAUUCAAAUGCAUUCACUUUAUCGGUCGGGGUCACAAUUUUAGGACUCUUGGGAGUUAUUUGUUCAUGGUUUCUCAUCAACAGAUGUGGACGUCGGUCUACAUCUCUCGUGGGAACGGCAAUCCUGACACUUUUGCUCUUGGUAAUUGGUAUAUUGGAUGUUCUACCAAAUUACUCCAGCAAAGGACCCGCUUUCGGCCAAGUAGCAUGUGUAAUCAUUUUCGCGUUUAUAUAUCUCUCGACCAUUGGACCGAUGGGCUGGGCACUUUUUGCUGAAGUCCCUUCUUCAUCGCUGCGUUCGAGGACCGUAGGACUUGGUAUAGUGGUACAAAGUCUCUUCGGAAUCCUGAUGAAUAUUGUCAUCCCACUAUUGAUAAAUCCCGAUUCAGCAAAUCUGCGAGGAAAGAUUGGAUUUAUCUUUGCUGGAACAUCAACUUUCGGGACCCUAUGGGUCUGGUUGAGAGUACCAGAAACGAAUAACAGGACAUUUGAUGAAUUGGAUUGGUUGUUUGAGCAGAGGAUACCAGCGCGAAAAUUUAAGGGUUACAGCGUUCCUCUGUGAGGAUGUUUGUUGUUUGUUACUUACGAUUAUGCUAAUGAUAUGAAUUAUGUUAUGUGGAGUGUUUUGGGACUAGGGCUAGGAUAGGUAGUUACGAUGUCGGUGAAUAUCGGAUAUGAUUUUAAAUGGCACAAAAUAGCUUGGGGAGCUUGGGAAGCUUGGGAUACAAUGAAAAAAUUUAAAUGUAUAUGUUUUAUCAUGACGUCUUUGGUGUUCUUAUUUGGUUUGUCUGC